CAAAGAAAGGAAGAGAAGGAGGGAAAGGGGCUGAGUAGUUGCAUAGUGAAAGGAAAUGCAUAACAUCCAGCAGCACAAAAUAGCCCAGCUGAUGAGAAGUACACAGGCAGAGGAAAACACACAUGCAUGUAGGCUAGCAAGCUGAAAAUUUGCUAGCCUAGGAAUGAGAGAGUAAAAGAGAGACCCAGAUAGACAGAUAUAGAGAGAGAAGGUUAGAGAGAACAGAUGAGCAGUCAGAAAGGGAUUGAUGACAGUUUGCAUAGUGUGGGACAGGAACUGAAGCUGAGAUCAGACACCAGCUCAACAACCAAGAAAGCCACACCGGAGGAGCAACAGGAGAUAAAACUGAGAUUAAAUGGUGUAAAUGACGCUCUGGAAUAAACUGUAAGAUUAGUGCUUUUGCGUGGAUCACAAGCCAAAGAGAGGAUGAGUGCCUGUGAGCUCUGUGCUGGUUAAGGAUCUCAUCAAGACAUUAAGCUGCAUGUCAGGAGGCGGGGUUUUAACGAUAUGGCUCGCUAUUUGCUCUGCUGGGGAGGCGGAGCAUUGGAGGAUCCAUACCUGUAUACUCCCUUGCCAGAUGUUUAUCGGGAACGAGCAUCAGGACUUAUCUCACAAUCUGACCACGAGGAGGCACAGUGCUUGGCACUGGGCAGCAAUGUCAACAUUGUCAAUGGUAGCCAGGCUGGCCUGCAGGCUGCCAAACUGCUGGCCAAACGCCUCUACAACCUGGACGGCUUCAGGAGAUCCGACAUUGCAAGACACCUGAGUAAAAAUAAUGAUUUCAGUAGGAUGGUGGCAGAGGAGUACCUGAGUUAUUUCAACUUUGCAGGCAUGAGUGUGGAUCAGGCUCUGAGAGUUUUCCUGAGAGAGUUUGCUCUUAUGGGUGAGACACAGGAGAGAGAACGAGUGCUGUCCCAUUUCUCCAGAAGAUACCUCCAGUGCAACCCAAACACUAUACCAAAUGAAGACAGUGUCCACACUCUGACCUGCGCUCUGAUGCUGCUGAACACAGACCUACAUGGCCAUAACGUGGGGAAGAGGAUGUCAUGUGUGCAGUUCAUAGGCAACCUGGAGGGGUUAAAUGAUGGGCAGGAUUUCCCCAAAGACGUCCUCAAGGCACUCUAUAACUCCAUCAAGAAUGAGAAGUUGCAGUGGACAAUUGAUGAAGAGGAAGUGCGUAAAUCUGUGUCAGAGCUGGCCGACAGCAGGACAGACUCUGCGUCCUACACUCUGAAGAGGAUUACUAGUGGCGGGGCUCCUCUAGUGUCUCUGGCUCAGCAGUCCAACACUCAGGUCUACAAGAAAGGCUUCCUCGUGCGCAAAGUUCACGCCGACCCCGAUGGCAAACGGACGCCUCGAGGUAAGAGAGGAUGGAAGACAUUUUAUGCCAUCCUGAAAGGACUGGUCCUUUAUUUGCAGAAGAGUGAAUAUGGCACUCAUAAGCAGCUGUGUGAUGAGGAUCUGAAGAAUGCUGUGUCCAUCCACCACUCUCUGGCUAUGAAGGCAGCAGACUACAGCAAGAGACCCAACGUGUUUUACCUGCGCACUGCUGACUGGAGGGUCUUCCUGUUCCAGGCCCCCAAUGCGGAGCAGAUGCAGUCCUGGAUCACGCGCAUCAACACAUUGGCAGCCAUGUUCUCUGCCCCUCCCUUUCCAGCAGCCAUUGGCUCACAGAAAAAGUUUAGCCGGCCUCUUCUACCGGGCUCCACCACCAAACUGUCCCAGGAGGAGCAAGUGAAAUCCCAUGAAAUGCGCUUCAGAUCUGUCUCCUCUGAGCUGCAGGAGCUGCGCUCUAUUCUUCAGGAGCGGAAGCCCAAGGGGAAGGAGCAAGAAGAGGCCAAGCAGCGAGAGGAGUUCCUGGAGUUUGAGAAAACCCGCUAUGGGACGUAUGCCAUGUUACUGAGAGCGAAGAUUCGCAUGGGUGAGUCGGAUCUGACGGCAUUCGAGGCUCGUUUGUUUACUGAUGGCACUCUGCAGCGGACCAGCUCCAGCCCCACGCUGGCACAUGACACCAGCCACGCUAGCGCCAGCAGCUGCAGUUCCAGAAGUAAGAAGAGCAGCCGAAGUGAGGGCCAGAGACACAAGCCAGCCGUGAAACAGUGAGUCCACUAUCCAGAGCACUUGAUAGCUGCUUUAUGGUGCUUCUGAUCCAGACUGAAAGGCUGAGAAGAGCAUCGAUAUGAGGGGGAAAAAAUGGCAGUUUGUGCACUACACUGCAGUGGCCGCACACGUCGUGCACUCGGAGGUGAUCCAAGAUCGAAGCUGGGUAUGAUUAGUCGCCUCGCUUCCUCAUGAAAGCAUGUUUUUGUGGCCAGUGAAUGCAAAACAGGCCUACAGAGGGCAGAGGAGUGUGAAUAUAGCCAUCCUCCCUUUAUCUUUAUUACCUUUUUAGCCUGGCUUUAUACUUCUCUUAGCUUAACAUAUAUGCUGUAUAGAAGGCAUAGACUACUUAAAGCUUUUUGUGCAUCUUUUUUUUUUCCUUAUCAAACAACAUGCCCACACAAGCCAAGUACAAGACUAUCCACCACAAUGGAUUUGAAGACAGUGUUUGAAGACAAAAUCUGAGCCUCUUUGUUACCUUACGUGGAAGCACAUGCAUUAUCACAGAGGUAAUUUCCUUUUUUUGAUUACUAGAAGUUGUGUCCCAAAAUGUUUUUUUCUUUUCCAAUUUUCUUGCUUGAACAUACCUUUGGAUAGGAUAAUGUACGUGUAUAGAUCUUUUGAAAUCAUGUUUCGAGCAUGCUUGUGAUGUAAAGACAAUCAGUUCUCUCUUUGCAUUCCCAGUGUAUGUAUUGUAUUUUUAUUUAUUUAAUUUUUUUUUACCUGAAAGCACACUACAGCUCGCAAAAAUUAAUAGUUUAGAGGCAUGGUUCUCAAAGGGGGGUCUGUGAACCCCCAGGGGUCCACAAAGUAUAGCCAGGGGGUCUGUGAUGUUUUUUGUUUGUUUUAUUUUGUUACAAUGAUUGAAAUCACCACCCGCUAUUACAAAAAUUAUUAUAUUUAUUAUUGAUUUCUUAGUGUUAUUCUUGCCAGUCCCCUCCAAAUGUAUUGGACUGGCAAGGACAAUUCUAAUUUUUUUUUUUUUUUUUUUUUUUUUGCAAUACAUUGAAGACAUUUGGGUUUGACAUCAAAACACGAAUAUGACAUGAUAGAUCAGAAUUUCAGCUUUUUUUUACAGCUAGAUUUACAUCUAGAUGUGUUAAACACCUUUUGUUUGAACCAACUCAUUUUUUCAAGUGAUCAAAAAAAUACUGGAACAUGUGACUGAGGUGUUUCUUGCUGCCCAGGUGUGCUCUGUUAAAUUGAUUGUUUAAAGAAUGAAUGGCUCUGAAUGUCUACUCUUGGUUUGAGCCCUAUGUUGGUAAAAAGGAUAAACCAACAUGAAGACCAGAGAGCUGUCUAAGGGAGAAAAGCAAGGCAUUCUGAAGGCGAGAAAAAUUGAUCAAAGCCAUUGUACAAGCAUUGGGCAUAGCCAAUACAACAAUUUGGAAUGUCCUGAAAAAGAAAGAAACCAUGGUGUAUGAACAACCUGACAUGGAACAUGCCAAGGAAAACAACAGCAAUUGAUGACAGAAACGUUGUGAGAGCUGUGAAGAAAACCUCCAAAACAACAGUUAGUCACCAACAACCUCCUACAACCUCUACAGGGCAGGGGUGAAGGUAUCACAAUCCACCAUUCAAAUAAAAUAUAGAGGCCAUACCAUAAAAUGCAAACCACUCAUCAGCAGUAAGAAUCAGAAGGCUAAAUUGGAAUUUGCAAAGAAAUACAGAGAUGAGCCACAAAAGUUCUGGAACCAGAAUUAACCUCUAUCAAAGUGAAGGAAAGACCAAAUGAUCUGCUCAUAAUCCAAAAUGAUCUGCUCAUAAUCCAAAAGGAUCUGCUCAUGAUCCAAAACAUACGAGUUCAUGGUGGAGGUAGUGUCAUGGUUUGGGCUUGCACGGCUGAUUCUGGAACAGGCUCCCUAAUCUUUAUUGAUGAUGUAACUCAUGAUGGUAGCAGCAGAAUGAAUUCAGAAGUCUCCAGAAGUCUUUCUGUCCUCCAAUUUACAGAGAAAUGCAUCCAAUCGAAUCGGGAGGAACUUCAUCAUGCAGCAAGACAAUGACCCAAAACACACAGCCAACACAACAAAGGAUUUCAUCGGGGGGGACAAGUGGAAGUUUUUAGACUGACCAAGUCAAUCACCAGACCUUAACCCAAUUGAGCAGCAUUUCACUUCCUGAAGAGGAGACUGAAGGGGAGAAGAGGAGAGGAGACACCACCCAAAACAAACAACAACUGAAAGAAAAGAAUAAUGCAACAGUUAGGUGAUGUCAUUGGAUCACCGGCUUGACGCAGUUAUCGCAAGCAAAGGAUAAGCAACCAGAUAUUAAGUGUUAUUUAAUUUAGGACUAUCUGUUUUUAUGC